AGGGGUGGAGCCGGCGACCAGCAGCCAGCCAGCGUCAGCACACGGCGCAUGUCCGCAGCGGGGCCGUCACGCUGCACGGCUCGGUCCAAUCAACGGAAACUUUCCUAACAGAGAUUUACUAAGAUGGCGACCGCCGAACCGGAAAUCAACCCAAGUGCAUCCCAGCCUGAUGAAGAAGGAUCUGAGGAGACUGGACAGGAGAUCGUGAGCCCAGAGGCCUACAUCAAACACCCCCUUCAGAACAGAUGGUCUCUGUGGUUUUUCAAGAAUGACAAGAGCAAAACAUGGCAGGCCAACCUGCGGCUCAUCUCUAAAUUUGACACCGUUGAAGAUUUCUGGGCUCUCUACAACCACAUCCAGUUGUCAAGCAACCUCAUGUCAGGCUGCGAUUACUCCCUUUUUAAGGACGGCAUUGAACCCAUGUGGGAGGAUGAGAGGAACAAGCGUGGCGGGCGCUGGCUCAUCACACUCAACAAGCAGCAGAGGAGAUUAGACCUGGACCGCUUCUGGCUGGAAACUCUCCUGUGCUUAGUCGGAGAGGCCUUUGACGACUACAGCGACGACGUCUGCGGCGCCGUGGUCAACAUCCGCACAAAAGGGGAUAAAAUAGCCGUCUGGACAUCAGACUACGAGAACCGGGAAGCUGUAACGCACAUAGGGAGAGUUUACAAGGAGCGCUUGGGGCUUCCCAUGAAGAUGACGAUCGGCUACCAGUCUCACGCGGACACGGCCACCAAAAGCGGUUCAACCACCAAGAACAAAUUUGUCGUUUGAGAAACGCCCCCCCACCCCCUCCGCCCCCACGUGCCUCUGUAUUUCAUUUCCUUGUCUUAUUUGUUGUUGGUGCAUAUGUUUACUUCGCUGCAAAGACUCUGCGGAAUGCAAUCUGGAAGAAAUAAUUCAAGACCAAUGCCAAAUGUUUCCAUAACCUGCCCAGGACUUACAACAACCACAGGAAAAGAAAACACACAAAUCUUCCAAAACACUAACGAUAAUAAGAGGUAUUAAUAGUGGAGAUUUAGAGUUAUUCAUACUUUACUAAAGAAAAUUUGUGUUGAUUUUAUAAUUAUUAUUAUUUUUUUUAAUGGCAGGGAAUUUUGAAAUGCAAAAACAAUGUAUAUUUCUCUCCCGUUUUCUACAGCACUGUUGGUUUGCUGUAAUCCUUAAUGUCAUUAAACCCUUUUAAUUUAUUAUAUUAAUUUGCCUGCAUAUUAAUAGAUUGUUAGACUUUUGUUUUAUGCUUCUGGUUUGCCUUGAGCCGUUGCACGUAAUCAACCUUUUUAAAGUAUUGACUCAUAUUCGUUUGAGUGUUGAUAUAAUUAAAACGUUGGUUUUGCAAUUAUUAACUGUUAAAUUGUGGAACAUAUUUUUUUUUCAUGUAAUUGGUGCAUUCCUUGUUAUAAAUGAUUUGCUGGUU